AUGACAUCCUUAAAUCGCAAGCGGAAGGCUCCUCCACCCUCACCGGAGAUACCCACCAAGUCUAGAAGAAGUUCUCGAAUUUCGUCUAAACCACUGGGAAAAUUUUCAGUUAAAUCUUCCACACACACGGAAAAGCUUCCUACCAUACUCGAGCAGAAAAAACCUCAAAAAUUAGUCACUACGAAACAACUGGCCGUUAGUCCUCCCGAAAUCUGGGGUGAUAUUAAACCUGAUGUCGAUGAUCUCACCCAUGUUUCGUCCAAGGGGAAACACGACGGUAUCAGUGGGGCCGUGGUGGAAACUUCUGAAAUCAAGGUCGAAUACGAGGCUGACCUUGACCUCGUUGAUGACUUUGUUAAUCGAGUCUUUCAAGACGGUGACAGUUUCCAGGGGUCCACUGGUGUCGGUACAAGUAGUGAGGACGAGACGGAAAACAGCAACGACGACGAUCCUGAGUUCUACGUCAGUUCUGAAUCCAAACCUAUCCGACGAGGUGUGCGGCGGCGGACUGUUGUCAAAAAAUCAAAUCAUUCUGAAGGACCUGCCAUCAAGUACGGAGCUAUUGGCCCCCUUCCCUUCAAAUGCGGUCCGUGCGGAAAAUCAUUCUCCAAACUGGUCACGCUAAACCGUCACGCAUCACGUGGUCACCCCUUCGCCUGCCUGGCGCCAAAGUGCGAUUUCAAAUUCGACUCCGAGACAGCAAGAGCCACCCACGUCAAAACCACCCAUCCGGACGUGUUUCCCCGCAUCCGGUGCGCCCUCUGCAAUCGGGCAUUUGCUCACGAAAAUGCGCUCGCCGCGCACAUGGUGGCGCGCCACGAAACUGGCGAGAAGAUAUUCUCAUGUCCCCAAUGCACCAAGAGUUUCGCGCUAGAAGCAAAUUUCACCCGUCACGUGACCCUCUACAAGGUUGAAGCGGACAAACCGAUCGUUUGCGACGUGUGUGACAGACGUUUUAGCGACGAUGAGGAGCUCAAACAGCAUUACGUCAUUCAUAAUAAGAAACGCUCUAUCUGCCCCCAAUGUGGGGACGCAUGUUUCGAUAAGGUGGACUUGGAGAGACACAUCCGUCUCCGUCACACGGGCGAAAAACCAGAGAAGUGUGACCGCUGCGGAAAAUCCUUUAUCGACAAGCACUGUCUACUCAUACAUUCCAAACACGAUCACCCAUUCGCCUGUCACGAGCCGUCCUGUCCACUCACAUUUAACGCUAUGAAGUUAAGGGACACCCACGUCAAGACUGCCCACCCCGGAAUCUCCACCAAAUAUCCGUGCACCUCCUGCACCUCUACAUUUUCUCGGGCCUCCUGUCUCGCCAGGCAUGUGAGAACUUAUCACGACAACAAGUUCUCAUGUGACAAGUGCAACAAGACGUUUUCGUUUGAGGAAAAUUUACAACAGCACAUGGCCUCAGUUCAUGAGGGGAACCAGAAGUUCGUUUGUGGAACUUGUGACGCAAUACUUGACAACGAGACAGAGUUGGCAAAACAUGUUAAGAAGCACCACGACAAAAAGGGCGGGUUUGUGUGUAACCAAUGCGGAAUCCGUUGUUCACUUAAGUCGGGCCUAGAGAGGCACAUGCGCCGACAUUUGGGAGCAAAAUCGGUAAAAUGUGAGCAGCGCGGGGAAUCAUGUUUCGACAAGGCUGCCCUUGCCAAACACGUAAAUCUCGUCCACCUCCCGUCCAUUCACAUCUGCCACGUGUGCGGGAAGAAUUUUCCCCUUGCUAAACGUCUGUCAGAGCACAUCAAACGCCACAGACCGGACAAACCCAUGCGGCGGGACAAAUCUGACGUACCUGACGCCCUCAAGCGACGCGUCGUGUGCACAGAUUGUAAGGAAGAGUUUUUAGAGCCCAGGACUUUAAAGGCGCAUCGGAUCAAGCAUCAUGGCGACGACCCAUGGGUUUGCGACAUCUGUGGCUCAACUUUUGCAACUGCGAACGGGUUCGCAAUCCACGCCAAGGCCCACAGUGGUGAGAAACCCUACAAGUGUGAUGUAAGUUGUUGCUGAUCUAUAAAAUUAAAAAAAGUUUCUUUUCCUCUUAAAAACCAGUUGUCCUUGUAAAAUGUGACCUUAAAUUAAUUGUGUGCGUGUCUUAUUGUGAUUGGUGCAUUGAUUUUGGAGACGGCCCCUCUGGCCGUCUCCCAUAAUAAUUAUUGUGAAAAGUUUGACCAUUCUCAUUCUUGUCUCCGAGGAGGAACAUUCGGCCCGUCACAUUCUAAAAGAUAAUCACCCAUUGUAAUAAUUUGAAAUUGUCGUGACUAAUUAAAAACUCUAUUGUGAAA